GCGCGAGAAUUUUUGCUGUGUAUAUUCCAGUAGGCUUCACACCGCCACACAAAGUAGUACAAGAAUGGAGGUGUGUGGGCAUCCAUUGUGCGUCGAAGCGGGGACAAAGACAUGCAGUCGGUGCCACGUGAGACGCUACUGCAGCCGCGAGUGCCAAGCGAGUGAUUGGAAAGCGCACAAGCCGGUGUGUGCCGCGCGCCAGCCUCGGUGGCACGAGCGCAUCCCGCGGACGCGCGUGUACGAACGCUUCGUGGUGAGUUUUCAGCUGCGUGUCGAAGACGAGUACGUGUUUGGGGGUGAAAUGGUCGGCACGUAUGGCGAGCAGACCGGAGGUGAGCCCUGCGCGCCACAGUUUAUGGCGUAUGUGCAACUUGCCAAGGCCAAGAGCGUGCUACCAAGCGACUGGACUGACGAAGACGACCGGCAAUUGAUGCAGCUGGCGAGCGGCGCCAUCCACUCGGCCAUCGAACAAAGCGAUGUCGUCACACGGUUCGGGUAUGGCGAGCAGUUGGUCUUGAGGGCGCUGGCAGAGACCAUCGUUGGUCCCCUUGGGCAGUGGGUUGACAAGUACUAGCUAGCUAGCUAGUAGUACUAUUAAUACUUCGUAGUACUACGUAGAAAUUGUAGCUCACGUACUUCUAUCAGGAUUGGCGGGUAAUGCAAACUGGUCGAUUAGUAU